GGGCGGGCGAUAAAUUCGGCGAUUGCAAUGGUGCAGGGGCAAAAGAUUGCGCGACAGACGAUGGGGCCAAUGACAACGACGAGGACGACAACGGGGAGAUGGAGAUUCGUCUAGUAGGGAGGAAGCGGGGAGGGUCAAGGGCCACAAACAAGUUUACAGAACCGCGCGCGGGGAGGAGAGGCAAGAAGGGUGUGGAAGAUACAUCGGCAGGUGAGGGAGCAAAAAGCAGGGAUUUUUGGACCGUGAAGCACAUGAUUGCUUUGAUCCGACCUAAAAGAGACCAGGAUUUGCAUCUGGCCGGCCUGGGGCACAACAGCGGAAGGAUGAAGACGAAGACAUGGAAGUGGGACGACGUCGAGAAGAGGCUCGUGCAAAUGGGGGUGACGAGUAGAAAGGCCGUGGACUGCGGGAAAAAAUGGGACAACCUGUACCAGCAGUUCAAAACCGUGCUCAAGUUCAUGGGAGAAUCGGGGAAGCCUAAUUUCUUCACAUUAACACCGGGGGAGAGGAAGGAGCGGGGGUUCGACUUUCAGAUGGAUGAGCGUGUGUAUUCGGAGAUGACGGCCAUGUCCAGGGGCGAUCACACUAUACACCCCACGACUCUCGCGGACACGGGUGUGGCUGGAGGUGUUCAAAUGGCCGACCCACGUGGAGGUCGGAAUGAAUAUGGUGGUAACGAGGGAUGCGGGGAUGGACUGGACGACGAUCAGGGAUCGAUGAGGGAUUCAAUGUUCAGCGGCGGUGGCGGUGGCAGGGGUGGCAAACAGAAGAAUGUAAGACAACAGACCUUCGACACAAUUGCCGACGUCAUGAAGGAGUACAGGAAUCUGAUGGCGACGACGGUGGACAGCGCGAGCAAGAGGCCGUGCUCAAUUCUGACGAGGCAAUGCGACAUUCUCGAGGAACAGUUGUCCGCUAUCAAACAGAGCGUCAUCGUUGGUGCUGCUGGGGCGUUGCCAAGGACCCCGAAGGUGGCAGGGGUUGUCAUCACGGAGGCGCUCGUGCCGAGGCAACUUCCGGCGGUAGAAGGCCAGGCUCAGCCACGUCAGCCACUCCCCCUGCAACAGACGGGGGCUUCAGGGGGAGGGAAAACACCGUCCGCGCAAAAGGGUGAGGCGACGGCGAGCGGCAGUCGGAAGGCGACGGCGAGCGGCAGUCGGAAGGCGGCGGCGGAUCACAGUACUAGAAGCAGACUCGCCGAAGGUGCGGAAGAGGGGAGGAUCGACGACGUCCGCCGCGACGAUGGGAGAAGAGAUGGAAAGCGGGAGGGCGAUGACAACGAUGACCAUCCACUUGUUACGAGGUUGAAGGGAGCGGAAAAGGAGGAUGAUCUCGAAGAGAGGUCGAAGUUGUGGGUUGAUUGCGACACUUUUUGGCGUCAAGGCCCAAGAAAACCCUUGAGGGAGGCGGUAGGCGAUUGCGCGGACUACUUCGUCGCCAUCGCCGAUGGAGAUGCAGGAGCUGAACCGCCUUCGAUGCUCAUAAUACCGCCGAAUGAUGUGCCGCGCUUCAAGAUCGAGGACCCUGCGCAGUGUGAACCAGCUCUGCGCAGAGCGUGCAGCGUGGGGAAACUGGUGCUGCGCAUUGUCCACGGCUGGUUCUUCAAAUCGUCGUCGAGGUCGAUUGGCUUCGCUCGUGCAUCACCGUCGACUUCGCUACGAACGUCGCACGAGCAGUUUGGCAGGGAUUUGAAUGCUCCAAAGUGGCGGGGGCUUCAGGGGGAGGGAAAACACCGUCUGCGCAAAAGGGCGAGGCGACGGCGAGCGACAGAUCACAGUACUAGAACCGGACUCGCCGAAAGUGCGGAAGAGGGGAGGGUCGACAGAGUCCGCCGCGACGAUGGGGGAAGAGAUGGAAAGCGGGAGGGCGAUGACGACGACGACCGUCCACUUGUUACGAGGUUGAAGGAAGCGACAAAGGAGGAUAGUCUCGAAGAGUGGUCGAAGUUGUGGGUUGAUUGCGACGCUUUCUGGGGUCAAGGCGCGGGAAAACCCUUGAGGGAGGCGGUAGGCGACUGCGCGGAUUACUUCGUCGCCAUCGCCAAUGGAGAUGCAGGAGCUGAACCGUCUUUGAUGCCCAUAAUGUCGCGGAAUGAUGUGCCACGCUUCAAGAUCGAGGACCCUGGGCAGCGUGAACCAGCUCUGUGCAGAGCGCGCAGCGUGGAGAAACUGGUGCUGCGCACCGUCCACGGUUGCAUCUUCAAAUCGUCGUCGAGGUCGAUUGGCUUCGCUCGUGCAGAGUCGUACAUCACCGUCGACUUCGCCACGGACGUCGCACAAGCAGUUUGGCAGGGAUUUAAAUGGUCCAAAGUGGUUUCCCCUGCCCUCGUCUACCACACGUUGGCGAUGAAGAUGGACGUGCCUCUAUGGUUCGCGGGGGUGAAGAUUGUGGACCGGCCGGAAGAUGAUGACAUGGCGGCGCGGCAGGAGGCGACAGUUCUUCGCCUGGCGGACUGCUGGACAUAUGCAGUCUGGUGCGGACAAUGGGCGGACGAAACAAGAGAGGUUGUCGCAGCUUGCGGAUUGUCUUCGAGCGUUGUUGAGCGCAUGGAUGUGGAUCAUGGGCAUGGGUGGUGACGACGACCGUUCGCACUUUGAGGCGUGGUUCUACGCGUCCAUGGUCGCCAAACCCACAAUGAUAGUGGCGGGGUCCUACAUCUUCAACUGGCGGCAACACAUCGU